GACUCAGCUUUAGUGUCUGGAGUCAAAACACACAGUUAAUGAGUGUCUGAGCUCCAGCUCCAGCCCACGGAGCCGGUACGGAGUCCGUCUCACUCCGUCCGUCCGUGCGAGCACUGAGUUGUGGGCCGGGUCAUGUUGUGUCUCCGGGGGCGGGUCUCCUCCUUCAGUCACCUCGCAGCAGCUGUAGCUGGACUCCGCUCUUCUUCCUCCUCCUCCUCCUCCUCUCCUCCAGCAUCAUCAUCAUCGUCAGCCUCGUCGUCCUGGAGGCAGCCAGCGUCUCCGCCUCGCUCCUCCAGCCCGAAACACGUGCGUCUGCUCGCUCACUCAGCGGCUAACAACAUGGCAGAGGAGGCGAAGAAGCUGGCCGCGCACGCCGCUGUCGACAACCACGUCCAGAACAACCAGGUGGUUGGAGUGGGCAGUGGGUCGACCAUCGUCUACGCCGUGGACAGAUUAGCGGAGAGAGUACGUCAGGAGAAACUCAACAUUGUGUGUGUGCCCACCUCCUUUCAGGCUCGUCAGCUGAUCCUGCAGCACAGCCUCACGCUGUCCGAUCUGGACAGACACCCAGAGCUGGACGUCGCGAUCGACGGAGCAGACGAAGUGGACGCGGACCUGACGCUGAUCAAAGGUGGCGGCGGCUGCUUGACGCAGGAGAAGAUCGUAGCGGGCUGCGCCAAACAUUUCGUCGUCAUCGCAGACUUCAGGAAGGACUCUAAGAGUUUGGGUGAGCAGUGGAAGAAGGGAGUUCCUAUUGAAGUGAUCCCGAUGGCGUACGUUCCCGUUUCCAGGGCGAUUGUGAAAUGCUUUGGCGGAGAGGUCAACCUGCGGAUGGCUGUCAGUAAAGCAGGUCCUGUCGUCACGGAUAACAGCAACUUCCUCCUGGACUGGAAGUUUGAGCGCGCUCACAACUGGAAGGAAGUCAACACUGCGAUCAAGAUGAUCCCAGGUGUCGUGGACACGGGGCUUUUCGUCGGCAUGGCUGAGCGCGCUUACUUCGGGAUGGAGGACGGUAGCGUGCAGGUCCGGGAUCCUCCGGUCAACUGACUGCUCUCACCGCCGUCCUUCUUCUCCACUGACCUCACUUUGCCCACAAGUGCCGCGUCUUCUCGUCUCGGUCUGAACUGGACGAGACCGUCGCAGGGAAGUUUUUUCCCUCUCAUCUCCAAACCAGCCACCAAUGCACCCUCACUUGAUUUCCCUCAUCUUGCAGUCGGUACGUCUGGUUCUGCGAGGUUUUUUAAAGUGCCUGAUGAGUGAAAUCAAGUCUCUGUUACACUGUUUUUGUUUAGUUUAGUUAUUUUUGAUUCUUCCUGUCAUGAGCACGUUUGCCUAAAAACCUGCAGUGCUGUGGCUCUCUGAAUCUCUGCCUCGCUGCAGAGUGAAGCUAGCGCGUGCCUUACGAUUAUAAUUUAAAUCCUAUUGAAAUGAAAUGACGCUGUUAAAAAAACAUUUGAAAAAUAAGUCAUAAUCGUACAUCAAACCAUUAUCCUCUGCAAAAUAAGACAUCCAGCAGUGGAGUCAAGGCUGCUCUGGAUGACGACAGAGUUUGGGAAACAUUUGUGGUUUCCUCUCAGUUUCAUCACUUUUUUUUUGGGCUGUAGUCGAGUCAGCAGCGGGGUCAAAGUACUCACACGCUCCCUGUAUCUGUGUGUAUUUGAGUAAGGUCAUGCAUGUACUGAACCUAGUUAUCCUGUGCCUGUAAAUCCCAUGCAUUAAGUGACUCUUAUUUAAAACAAACAAGAAUCAUGUAACGCAUAUAGAAAAACCAGAAAUACUAUGUGUAAAAUUCAUGUGCCUUUGCAUGCCAGAGCAGUGACAAAAAUGAAAGAUGAGAGCUGUUUUAGGUUAGAAAAUAUGAUUGAAACCUGGCUGCUCAUCAAGGAUAAAGAGAUUUAAUUAGAAAUUCAGAAUAAUUUGCAAUCAAUCUUAAAAGAGAGCCAUGAAAUGUAAGUGGAAGAACAAAAGAAAUGUUGAAAAAUGAAAAAACAAUACAUGAUAAAUACAUGAAUAUCUUCAAAUUCUAAAACCAUUUCACUGUGAUACUGUUUUUUCUUUUUUUGUUUUGUUUUGCUGUGACGGUACUAUUUUCUUUGCCAAACAAUACAGGACCAAAAAUGAUA